AUGCUGGUAGAGAUCACAGAGAGGGCUAUGGCGCACUGCGGGAAGAACACGGUGCUCAUAGUCGGGGGCGUGGGAUGCAACCGGCGGCUGCAGGAGAUGAUGGGGCUCAUGGCGGCGGAGCGCGGCGGCCGUGUGUGUGCGAUGGAUCACAGGUACUGCAUAGACAACGGCGCCAUGAUCGCCCAGGCGGGGGUGUUCCAGUACAUGCACGGAGGCGGCACCGCGCUGGAGGACACCACUUGCACCCAGAGGUUUCGCACGGAUGCCGUGGACGUGGCGUGGAGGCCACCUUGAUUGGCAUUCCCUCGCCUCUUUGUUGUAUGUCGUGUAGGCAUGAUGGGGGGGGAAGCAUGAUGGAAUGCUAAAGGAGAGU